AUGGCGAAAGAAAGCGUUUUGUACAGGAAGCGAGUCUACAAGACUGAUAUCACAGAUGUCGAGACAUUGUAUUUCCCCCGGCCAGCAGCUAUUCGGACUCUGGACUACGACAAGCAAAAGUUUGACGCUGUGCUCGAACACUUUCACAUACCUUACCGCAAGAUAUCUUCCGACGCGCCCAACUUUGAAAGCCCAAAGCUAGCCAGCGGAACUCACUCUACUUUGCCGAUUCGAGAGAGCCAGGCCCUCCCGAGUCAGUACGAUGGCCCUUCAGAUAAUGAGAAACGGGUCCACUCUACUGCCACUUUGCCACGAAUCAAUCCACGCAGAAACGUCGUCCGUCGGCGUCCUUCCCUAAAGGCUUUGGGCAACUCGACCUCUUCCAUCUCCUUCAGAUCCCCGGAUAGGUUUUUACCAAGGCGGCCGACACUUGAGUCUGCAGUCGAAAGUUUCCGGACGAGCAAGGAUACUAAAGCGUUGACCACAGAUGAAAAGCUCUUUCGGCACAAGGAUGCGAGCCCAGAUGCAUUUAACCCUCGCCGAAGAGUGACAUCCCCAAUUCCCAUUGCCGCUCGCACAGAACCCCGGCGGAACUUCUCAGGCAACAGAAGUGGGAGUGGUGGCGCAACCGUUCUUACUUUCCAGAGAGAUCCUGCUGCUACUAAUGGCGAGCGGCAAGUCAGUGUAGGUACUAUCUGGAGGGUUGGUGGCCUCGCUCCCAUAAGUGGUGUGUCAAACGGUCGAGGAGGUCUUCUGGGGAGUGGCACAAACGCACCUCUUUAUACCACGUCUUUCACCGCCACACCCAAAGCGCAAGAGGACAAGGAGAGGCAUGAAAGCCGGCUUGCAGAGGCAUUGGAGCUCGAUCGUGUUGGCCGAAUCCUCGAGUUCCGUGAUCCGUCCACGUCCCCACUGAGGUCUACCACCGAUGAGAGAAAAACCCCUACCCGGAAGGACUUCAAGACAGCCUGGCUAGGAACUGAGUGGGUCAGUGCCAUAUCAGGUCGCAGUACGCAGCUCUACGUCGCCGAGUACCACCCCUCUAAUAGAGUUGAGCAGAAUCUCCAGCUUCCGAAGAAGUUCGCACUCUUCCAAUGGCUCCCUUCAAAUAAGUUCGUCCGCCAGAAGUUUUUGGAUGCUCCAAAUCUUCGAGACGACUUCUACUGUUCCGUUCUCGCAUAUUCCAAGACCUGCCACACUCUUGCUGUUGGUCUUGGAUCUAUGCUUUAUGCUUGGUCUGAAAUGCAGGGCGUUCAUCUUCUUAAUGGCGGAUCAACAAACGGGUCAUGGCUGACAUCGCUCGCGUUCUCGUCCACACAAGGGCAUAAAAGUAUACUCGCUUUUGGAAAAUCGGAUGGGUCUCUUAGUCUCGUAUCUCUGUACGACAGCAUGCUGCCUCGAUUUGAAGUCCAACAUCCGUCCCCGAUCGCUUGCCUCACGUGGCGACCACAAGUCACGAUGCGUCCUUCACGAUGCCCAACGACUCCCGGAAUUUCAGUCAAGACCGAAGACCUCCUCGUCGGAGAUGAAGUUGGGAAUAUUUACUAUUACUCUGUCGAAUGGCCUGAAAGUUGGGAGGUAGCUCGCAACGGCUGGUCUGGAUCGAUGGCUCUGCUUGCACGAAUUACUGUGCAUACACAGCAAAUUUGUGGGCUUUCAUUCUCCUGCGAUGGCAAUUUGCUCGCUACAGGUGGGAACGACAAUUUAUGCUGCCUAUUCAGAACUAACGAUGUGCUUCAAAAAAGUCGUGACGAGGCGGAGGCAUUGGAAGAGAUCUUCGUAGGCGCUGACGGUAUACGUCGUGUCCACACACUUUCAGGACGAGGCGGAGUGAAAGAGAUCAGGUCUGGCACCGAGAAGCAUCGAUGGAUACAUGGGGCCGCAGUCAAAGCUAUCGCCUUUUGUCCUUGGCGUGACGGACUUGUUGCCACUGGUGGAGGAAGCAACGACAAGUGCAUCCAUUUCUUCCACACGACAUCCGGAACAUGCCUCGCCACAAUCAGUGUUGCAGCCCAAGUCACCUCGUUAAUAUGGUCCACUACCCGCCGCGAAAUAGCAGCCACUUUCGGCUACGCUCAGCCCGAGCAUCCAUAUCGCAUCGCGGUUUUCUCAUGGCCCGAGUGCAAACAAGUCGCUGCGAUCCCAUGGGAAGGUGAACAUCGAGCAUUGUAUGCCAUCUCAUAUCCUGGAGGGCCAAACGAGAGUCAGAAUCAGACAAGUCGAGAAGGUGUCCGUGGGUUGAGCCGCACUGCAACGGAAGGCUGCAUCGUGGUGGCCUCCAGUGACGAAAGCGUCAAAUUCCACGAAGUGUGGACUGCAGGGCAGAAAGCUACCGUUGGCGGCGAAGGUCUUUUAGGUGGAAGUGACAUUCUUGAGGGAUUGGAGGGUAUUGAUAAGGAAGGGGAGAUUAUCAGAUAG